GGGCGCCUUAAAAACUCCCACGGCCCUGGCCCCGCAGGACUCAGCGACUACCACUGCCCUAGCCUUGACGAUUGUGCAGGCCCCCACAGCCAUGGCAAGCAAGGGCUUGCAGGAUCUGAAGCAGCAGGUGGAGGCGACUGCUCAGGAAGCGGCGACAGCAGCAGGAGCUGCAGCCCAGCAAGUGGUGGACCAGGCCGCAGCCGCGGGACAGAAAGCCAUGGACCAGGUGGCCAAGUCCACCCAGGAAACCAUCGACAAGACUGCUAACCAGGCUUCGGAGUCCUUCUCAGGUUUUGGGAAAAAACUCGGCCUCCUGAAAUGACAAAGGGAGACACGAGUGACUGCCCCCCAGGUCCUGUCUAGCAAGACCUGACCCUGAGCUCUCCUCGGUGGCCCCUGCAUUAAAGCUGGUGUUUCCAAGCAG